GGCGCGCGCGGAGAGGCGGCCGCCUGAGUCCCGAGCCGAGCGCGGAGCAGUUGAGGGAGAGCGGCAGCGGCGGCGGUGGCGGUGGUGGAGGCGCUGAAACAGGACAGCGACUGAAUGGUCAAAGGGCUCCAAGAUUGAUUUUUACAGCGGAAUGUUUACUCGAAGGGGUCAUGGAGACGUCAAGAAAUCUACACAGAAAGUUCUGGACCCAAAGAAGGACGUUUUAACCCGGUUGAAGCAUCUCCGGUCACUCUUAGAUAUCACAGAGAGACAAGAACUGAAGGCUUUUUUUGAGACCAACUGCUCGCAGAUUUAUUUUAUCUUCUAUGAAAAUUUUGUUACACUGGAAAGUAACUUGAAACAAAAAGGGAACAAAUCUCAUCGGGAGGAGCUGGACUCCAUCCUCUUUAUUUUUGAAAAAAUACUUCAACUGCUACCCGAGAAAAUCAACAGUCGAUGGCAGUUCCACAGUAUAGGUUCUAUUCUGAAGAAACUUUUACACACUGCCAACUCUUUCAAGAUUCGUUGCGAGGGCAUGCGGCUGUUCUUGCUGUGGCUACAGGCUCUGCAGACGAACUGUGCCGAAGAGCAGUUGCUCAUCUUUGCCUGUCUGGUGCCUGGUUUUCCUGCAGUUCUCUCAUCCAGAGGUCCCUGCACACUAGACACCAUCAUCUACAGCCCCUUCUCCAAUCCUCCUGAUGCCAAGAUUGUCCCUGAGGAGAUUACCCCUCUGGUGCCUGCUGUUCCUGGGGAGAAGACUGUAGAUGACCAGACCUGCUACAUUCUUCAGACUGUGCUGAAGUUCAUGGUGGUCCAGGCAUCUAGCCUGGAAUGGAACAAGAAAGACAAACAGGACUCAGGCUUCAGGUUUCUCUUUGCCCUUUUUAAGAAGUACUACCUGCCACACAUCUUUCCUUCUUUCACCAAGCUCACGAACCUCUAUAAGCCAUUGUUAGACCUCCCCCACCACCGACCAAAACCUCAAUAUGAGCGAGUGUCACAACAGAGCGAGGGCACGUGCACGCGCGAUCAGUACCUAGCCCCCCGCGUAGCCUUCAUCACCUGGCUGGUCAACUUCUUCCUGGAGAAGAAGUAUGUGAGCUCAGUUAUAACCAGCACUAAGAAUGGAGGAGAAGUUCUUCCCAAGAUCAUCCAGACUGUAACUGCAGGCAGUAGCAGUCAGGAGAAGAGUAGCGAGUCAGAACCCAACGGGCCAACGGAGCAGGAGAAAAACCAUUCGAACAGCAGCACUCUGUCUGACCGCAGAGGCAGCAACUCCAGUCUGUGUAGCAUUGAGGAGGAGCACCGCUCCGUUUACGACAUGGUGCACUGCAUUCUGCUCUCUACACGAGAUAACGUCAACUUCGUCAACGAGGUCUUCCACCAGGCUUUUCUUUUGCCAUCCUGUGAAGCAUCAGCCACCCGUAAGGUGAUUAAAGUGUACAGGAAAUGGAUUCUGCAGGAGAGGCCUGCCUUUAUGUCCGAGCCUGAAAAAACUGACCAUGAUGAGGAGACAGUGGAGGCUGAGCAACCUGUUGAGAUUGACAGUAUACACCACUCACAGGAGAUCCACGGGCACAAGAGGUCAUCAAGCUGGGGCCGUACUUAUUCAUUUAGCAGUGCCAUCAGCAGAGGCUGUCUGACUAAGGAACAGAACCUUGAUGUAAAAGCUGGGGUUCAGCCUACCCUACAGGUUUUUUUGACAAACUCUUUUAACGUGUUUCUCUUGGAGCCACGCCACGAUGUGCCCAAACUGCUUGAGAACCAAGUGGAGGUGUGCAAAGCCGUGCUUAGUAUCUAUCGCCACAUGAUUAUGGAGCACAACAUGAAUCGACAGACCUGGGAACAGAUGCUGCAGGUACUGUUAAGAAUCACUGAAGCAGUCAUGAAGCGGUCUCAGGAUGAACAAAGAAAAGAUGCUUUUGCCCAGAGCCUGGCUAGUGUUCUUUUUAGAACUAUCAUUGUGGCGUGGGUGCGGGCCAAUCUCAGUGUGUUCAUAUCUCGUGAGCUGUGGGAUGACCUGCUGGCAGUGCUGUCCUCUCUCAGCCACUGGGAGGAGCUGGUGAUCGAGUGGGCCAGCAUCAUGGACUCUCUGACCGCUGUGCUGGCCCGUUGCGUCUAUGGCCUGGACCUCAACAACCUCCCACUUGACAAGCUUUCUGAACAAAAGGAAAAGAAACAGCGUGGCAGAGGAGUGAUGCAGGAUUCUCAGAAAUCAUCAGUGGUAUCGAGGUCAUUCUCUCUGAGUUGGAGGAAUGCAGGUGAGACCUGCCUCUCAGAGCCCAUGCGCAUCCGCAGUGCCACUACUACCGGAGCUCCUGCUGUGGAGAAGGCUCGCAAUAACGUCCGACAGAAAGCAUCAGAUGUUGAAGAAUGUCAGUUGUCUGAAUGUGGAGGAGAAGGAGAGAUGGGAGAGGGAGACAAUCCUCUCCCACGUAGCAGCAGCACCUCAGAUAUUACCCAACAACUCACAGACUCCUUCCCAGGUCAAAAUCUGGGGGAUUCUCCAAAUGCAAGCCAAUCUGAUGGUAAAUCCUGGAUAGGUGACAACAGCUCAAUAGGCAAGAGGGAAACACCUAUGAUUCUGGUUCGGAGGAGCAGUAGUCCAGGAGAUAUUGACUAUCCGGGAGACGCUGUGAAUGCGAGGACAAAGAUCCGGGAGAAGAGUGAGAGUGUGAGCAGUGAGACCUCAAACUCCUACCUCAACGACGCUGAUGAAAAUCUCCUGACGUGGCAGGCCGUGGAGGAGGAGCAAGACUCUUCCUCUACCAAUUGUCAGUGUGGCGUUAACUUGGGAAUGACCACAGAUACGGAGAGCCAGAGGAGUCUACUGCUGAGUCAGAGUGAGGCGCUCGCAGGUUCUGAGUGUGUCCACUCGCUCCACUCUGCCCCUUUGUCCCCAUGUCCCCCCGUUUCUCCCACCCUGCUCCUGCCCCAGGGUUACAGUGACGGCCCUCAGCUCCUGGAGGACGCCAUGCACAUGCCUCAUGAUCUGGACAGCAGCGAGUUUCUGGCUGAUGACAUCAGCAUCAUUGCCGGUGGUUGUUUGACUGGCUGGCAUGCAGACUCUGCCUUUGUACUCUGGAGGAGGAUUCUGGGCAUCCUGGGUGAUGUUAACAACAUCCGGUGCCCUCGAAUCCAUUCCAAGGUUUUCAGCUACCUAUAUGAGCUCUGGCACAAGUUGGCAAAGAUAAGAGAUAACCUGGGAAUCAGUGUGGAUAACCAGUCAGCUCUGCCUAAAACCCUGUUCAUUCCACCGCUUCGAAUGUUAGCCUCCUGGCUUUUUAAGGCCACCAUGCUCCCUGCAGAGUUUAAGAACGGGAAACUGCAGGCUUACAGGCUAAUCUGUGAGAUGAUGACUAAACAUCAAGAUGUGCCGCCUAACAGUGACUUCCUGGUACAUCUUUACCACGUCAUGCACGAGGGCUUCACCAGCGAUGACCAGGAUGUGCUGAACACAAUGAUCAGGUGGUGCUCACCACGUUUCUUCUUUCUCGGCAUGCCCGGCUUCACCAUGUUGGUUGGGGACUUCAUCGCCGCUGCUGCUCGCGUCCUCAUCACAGAUAACUCUGAGUGUCCAAGAAUUGAAGCUCAAACAGUACUCGGCUCUCUGGUCUGCUUCCCCAACCUUUACCAGCAAAUGCCUUCACUGCAGUCUACACCAAAAUCUCAGGAUAUUGCGGUCGGCAAAGACGACUUGAAGGACUACCUAGUAAACAUCCUGCUGAAGACGGCACGUAAUGAGCCAAAUGAAGGAGCCAGGUGUGUUGCAAUCUGCAGUCUGGGUCUCUGGGUGUGUGAGGAGCUGCGUCAUGAGAAGAUACACCUUCACGUGAACGAUGCCAUUAAUGUUCUUGGUGUCACUUUGAAGUUUGGCAAUAAAGUUGUGGCCCAUGUAGCAUGCGACAUCUUCCAGCUGUUGAUCUGUCACUGGCAGCACCUGCAGAAACUGGAGCAGUCCCUUCCUAAAAGAAUAAUUGAAAUCUUUGUCGCAACGUUAGCAUUCCUUCUGCCCAGUGCCGAGCACUCUACAGUAGAGGCAGAUAAAAAGUUAAUGGUAUCCUUGCUGCUCUGCCUGCUUGACUGGUGCAUGACUGUCCCUCUAUCCAUACUACUGGAGCCCAUCACCAUGCCAAUGCUGGAUGACCCUGCCUCUCACAAAACCCCUUUGUUGGACUACAUAUACAGGGUGCUCCACUGCUGUGUAUCCGGUUCUAACCUGCACACGCAACAGAGCCACUACCUCCUGAGUCUGUCAGAUCUGUCUACAGACUAUGACCCUUUUCUGACACUGGGCCAGGUAAAGAACUCUGAGCCACCACUGAUGCACAAUAGCACAGGAGAAUUUGGCAACCUUCUCACAGUGGCCGAGGAAAAGAAACGUAGGAAUAUGGAGUUGAUUCCCCUGACGGCUAGAAUGAUAAUGACGCAUCUUGUCAACCAUUUGGGCCACCAACCCCUCAGCGGCGGCCCUGCGCUACUGCACAGCAUGGUCAACGAAAAUCAUGACAAUCCCUACGUCGAGUCAUCUGAACUCUCCUCGGAGGUCUUCAAGAGCCCCAAUUUGCAGCUCUUUGUCUUCAACGACAGCACACUCGUGUCUUACCUGCAGAUUCCGUCCGAUGCUACGUCUCCAUCUAGCACAAACUCCAAAGAGAACCCCUCUGAGGUACGAGUGAUUGUACGGGACAUCUCGGGGAAGUACUCGUGGGACGGCAGUGUCCUUUACAAGACUUUAGACCGGACCAGCUUGCACUGUAGCGGUACUGGGGAUCAGUGUUCACAUCCUUAUCUGUCCACAUCCUUCAAGCAGACUUCAUCUCAUGCAAGUAGAUGCUCAUCAGAGCUGGAGGCUGAAGAUGGUGUGGAUGUGUUGGAUCAGCUUCUGGAGGAAUUAGGUCACAGCAGUCCUGAGUGCCUGCCUCAGCCUCAGCAGAGACUCGUACAACCAGCUCCACCACCUGUGGGCAUGAACCCAGAGACGGAGGGCGCCAUCAUGGAGGCCAUUCGUAGACAAGCACAGCAGGAGGAGGAGGAGCAAACCUGCAGACGUAAUGAAGACCCGAGUGUCAAAGCAGCCAGUCAGAGGGAACCCAUUCACCAGGAUCCCAAAGCACCAUUCUAUUUCUGUCGCCUUCUGCUCAAUGAGCUUGGCAUGAACUCCUGGGACCGCAGAAAAAGCUUUCAUCUCCUAAAGAAGAACUCCAAGCUCUUGAGGGAACUGAAGAAUUUGGAUUCGAGGCAGUGUCGAGAGACGCACAAAAUUGCUGUGUUUUAUAUUGCUGAAGGCCAGGAGGAUAAGGGCUCUAUAUUGUCCAAUAGUGAGGGCAGCCAGGCUUAUGAGGACUUUGUCUCUGGACUCGGAUGGGAGGUGGACUUGGCUACGCACUGUGGGUUCAUGGGCGGUUUGCAGAGGAACGGGAGCACGGGAAACACUGCACCGUACUACGCUACCUCAAACGUGGAGGUCAUCUUUCAUGUGUCCACCCGUAUGCCUUCUGACUCGGAUGACUCCAUCACUAAAAAACUUCGUCAUUUGGGAAACGAUGAAGUGCACAUCGUAUGGUCAGAGCACACGCGGGACUACCGGCGGGGCAUCAUCCCUACUGACUUUGGAGACGUUCUUAUCAUUAUCUACCCUAUGAAGAACCACAUGUUCUUUAUUCAGAUCCUGAAGAAACCACAGGUCCCUUUCUUUGGCCCUCUGUUUGAUGGAGCAAUAGUUACAGGGACGCUGCUGCCGAGUCUUGUACGGUCCACAUGCAUCAACGCCAGCAGGGCAGUAAAGUCUCGACUAACGCUCUACCAGAGCUUCUAUGAGGAGCGGGCUCUCUACCUGGAGGCCAUAAUUCUGAACCACAAGGAAAACCUGACAUUUGAGGACUUUGCUGCUCAGGUCUUCUCACCAUCCCCCAUCUACUAUCCAAUGAGUGGAACAGGCUCCCUCACUGGCAGCACGAGUGCUGAGCUAAGCGUUACUGUGACGACCAGCGAGUCCACUGAGCAAGCGUCACCGACCAUGCCGCGCGCCUCCAAGAACCGGGUUUCUGGAAAACUCCGCCGCUCGGCCAGCGCCAUCAGCAAGUCCUCCAACUGAGCUCCUCUUUUAACAAAUAAGCACUUCAUCAACCUCUUCAGACUGCAGAGAACGUAAAGCUGUGCCGUGUGUGUGCGCACGCACGCAAGUGUGUGUGUGUGUCUGUGAGUAGUGUUCUUGUCACUUCUAACUGGAUUUUUGUUUAGUUUAGUUUCAGUAGCACUGGGAGAUGAGUCCGUGUCACAUUAGUGCAAUGAUUCUGUAAGGUUGAGUUCUCGUACAGAGUGGCAUCUCUGUGUCUCGUCCCUUUCUUUUUUCCUUUUUUUUUUUUUUUGCUGGAAUAAAUGUUAAACAGACGUCUUUGAAUGUUGACCAUGAUGCACAUAAUAUAAACUUGGCUUUGAAACUUUGGGAUAUACAUGUGAUUUUCUCCUGACUGACUGUAAUAGGCAACAAUCCACCCUUUUCAUAAAACCUUUGCCAGUAGCGUGUGUGAAUCUCCUUUACCCUACCAAGUCUUAAACACUGAAAGGUUAAGAAAUGGCAAAGCCAUUAAGAGGAGGUGUGUGAACAUGUGUGGAACACUUUUGUCUUUUGUGGCUCUCCACUGACCAUUCACUCAUUUUCUUUCGAAAGAAAAUGGGUGUUUAAAGCAGUCUGUUGUUCUAAAAAAGGUCCUCUAGAAGAACUACGUCCAAUUUUCAUAUCAAGUUUUGAAUAUACUUUAUUAGUUUAUGAAAAUGACCCACUUUAUCUGGGAAGUGCAUGGCCUUUUUAAGAUGGGAUGACUUGGAAUGUCUGUUUCUAUUUUCUUCUUUUUUUUUUUUUUUUUGGUUAUGCGAUCAUGUACUUUUUAAAUUAUUGAUGUAACCGUUUUAUGUCAGAUUUAUGUAAUCAUGCUGUUCUGCAACUAUAAUUGUGCUUGUAUAUGUGUAUCGGUUCUAAUGGUUCUGUUCAUAAUCUUUAAAUUAAGUCCUGUUGCUCUUGUAAUACUAUUAUAACAUUCCAUUUUCCAUUUCAUUCAGGGGUGUUAUUGCACUCACAGAGAAUUUGUUUGUUUUUGUUGCUCUCUUCCUAGAAUUCUUGUAUGUACAUAUUUUUGAAUUUUUAUUUGCUAUUUUUGAUUGUGUCAUGUGUGUGUUUAUACAGCAUAAUAUCCACCCUUAGAAUUAUGAUCUAUUCCCGACCACAUGCUAAAUUGCCACGGAGCCUCAGGUGAAUUUUAACUCCAUGCACUGGGGUGUGUGUGUGUGUGUGUGUAGGGGUGGUAGGGAAUGGGGGUUUGGAUAACUUUUGAAAGCUGACAGUGCCUGUGUAAAGAACUUCAUAGUUUUUGCUCACUACUAUCUGCAAUCAGGCGAGGGGGGGUUUGUUUUUGUUUUUCUCUCACCUCACUUAUCUAACACCUUUUUUCUGUUUUGGGAGAAAUUGUUGAGCAGAGGGAUUCAGGGAUCAUUCCAUACAUUUCACUGCUUUGUAUGAGCUGAUUGGACUAUAAACGCCAGUCCUCCUCCAUCUGCUCCGCUUCAUUCCCUUGUGCCACUCUGAGUCCCCUUUACCAUACCAUCAGGGAAAUAGGGCAAAUGGCAUCAUCUCUGUUUCUGUCUUACACACACACACACACACACACACACACACACACUCUCUCUCUCUCUCUCUCUCUCUCUCUCUCUCUCUCUCUCUCUCUCUCUCUUUUACUUUCUUUUCAUCUUUCUUUUUUUUUCUUUCCACACCCCCAAAAUCCUCCCUCUCCCUAUAGCAGGCGGCAGCCCGGUGCUGCCAACUCCAUGACACCUACCCUCUGUUCCCCUAGCACCCUAGCUGAGUUGCCAUGGAGGCCAGGUGUUAUACACACCAUAAGCCGCACCCAAGUAGUAGCAAGACACGUGCUGCAUUACUUUGCCUUACCUGUACACACUGGUAAGGAAAAUAGGAGUUCCUUAAUGUCAAAUGAAGAAUACCGAAGAAUGUGUACAAACCACAGCACUAUUCCAAGUCACAAACACACACCUGGCCAUAGAUAGUUUCUCUAAACUGUAAGCACUGCAGCAUGUAGUGCACACACUCUUAUUUCUUCUAGGUUUGUAUGGUUACUAUGUAGGCUCCAUUGGUGUUUAGGUUUUAAGGUGCUGAUGUGGUUUGUGCCAGGGAUCUGUCCUACUGCGACCGGCCUGAUUAACGUGAAGUGUCAUCCGUGUUUAUGCUACAUUUAGUUGUUGUUCUUGUAAAUUGUGUCCUUUGUGAGGGCUCCAAAUCCUGAAGGAUAAAAUUAUAUUAAUGCCUGUAAUAUAACCUUUAUAAAAGAUAUUGGGGAAAAGAAAACAGAAACAAAACCGUGACGAUUUCAUCAUGACUUGUUAACAUAUCAGACUGUUUUUAAUGGGGGAAACAAAUCAUUAUCUUUACUAGGAAACUGAAAUCAGAACAUUUCAUUAAAUCAGAAUGAGAUUUACAAACUGAGUGUAUUUAUUCAAUGCCUUUUUCUUAAUGUUUACUUAUUAACUUAAACUUUACAUUUUGUGUAUAAAUAAGUACUUACCUACUAAUAUAAUUCAAUCUUUAUGUUUAAUUAAAUCUUAAAUAUUAGAAACAUC